AUAACAUAGUGCAGCUGCCUUCGCUGUUCAGUUAGUGGGUCAUGGGGGAGGUAAAUAAAGAAAGAUUAAAGAGAGCUAACUUAUAAACACAAGCAAGAAAACCAGCGCGAGCCCAGUCGUGGUAUUUGAUACGUUUUGGGUUCAUCUUUCCGGGCCAGUUGUUUCUGUGCCUGUGAUUUUGUGUUUUUGGCUGUAUGCGCUCUAUUAUUCGUCAAGACGAGUGAUUUUCAAGGGAGGAAAGGUCUACCGUAUCGCCAGUAAGGUGGUCUAAUUGAGACAGAGCUGCGUUGCCAUGGCGAUGCGAGAGCUGGUGGAAGCGGAGUGUGGGGGAGCCAAUCCCCUCAUGAAGCUGACUGGUCACAUGACACAAGAAGGCGGGCCUUGGAGGCAUCGGGCAACGCCCAAUCUUCCUCCUACACCCAUUGAGAUAGCCAGUGAGGAAGAGUUGGUGAACGAGUUCCUGCAGGCCCCUCCACGGCCUCCUCAUAGCUUUGACAUGGGGCAGCUCCUGGAGGAGAUGCAGCAGAUUGACCAGCAGAGCUACAGACAAGCCCCACAGCGAGCGCCUGGAGUGGCUGCAUUGGCGCUGUCUGGCGACUGGGCCUCCGAGUUUGUGUCUGGCGCUGAUGCCGCCUCCUCCUCGCCAGGGCAGGUGGGCCUCAGUGAAGGAGCCGAUGCUGAUUGGACAAAGGAAUUCAUCAGUGAAGUGGCAGAUCCUGGUCGUUGGGCCGAGGAGUAUCUGGAACAAUCAGAGGAGAAGCUGUGGCUUGGAGACCUUGGCGAGAAAGAGAGAGACAAAGAAUGGGCGCAAGAGUACCAGCCAGGAGAUGAGCUCAAACAAACAGCCAAUGAACUUCUUGCCAAAGUGGAUGACCCUAAGUUGCAGAACACAGAAUUCCUGCGGUUCAUUAGGCAAAUUGGCGAGGGAAGUGUGACUGUGGAAGACAGUGCAGGCAAACAGGACACAGAUAGAGCUCAGGCCAAGGAGGCACAGCGCUGGGCCUCAAGCCUCAACCAGGUGUCGGCGGAGUCGGCUGAGUCGUGGGUAGAUGAGUUCGCCGCGGCAGGACCAGAUUUCCAGCAGGCAAAAGCUGCAGUGGAGAGCGAUGUGGAUUUUUGGGAGAAGCUGCAGCAGGAGUGGGAGGAGAUGGCCAAGAGGGAUGCGGAGAGCCACCCCUGGCUGUCCGACUUUGACCAGCUGCUCAGCACCUCCUACGACAAGGGGUAUCAGUUUGAGGAGGAGAACCCAUACAUGUCCCAUGACAGUCCCCUGGCUGAGGGGAUCAAGAGGAUGGAGGCAGGAGACAUACCAGGGGCGGUGCUGCUCUUUGAGAGCGCAGUGCAACGGGAACCAGACAACCAGCUGGCUUGGCAAUAUCUGGGAACCUGUCAAGCAGAAAAUGAACAGGAGUUUGCCGCUAUCAGUGCCCUCCGCAGAUGUAUAGAUCUGAAGAAGGACAAUCUGACUGCGCUGAUGGCUUUGGCUGUCAGCUUCACCAACGAAUCGCUGCACAGGCAGGCCUGUGAGACGCUGCGCGACUGGCUGAGGCACAACCCCAAGUACCGCCACAUCCUGGAGCAGAGCGAACGGGAGAAGGAGAGGGAUGGCGCCAGAGAGAGGGAGAAGGAGAGGGAGCGAUUUGGAUCCCUUUUGCCUGAGGGUCUGUUCACGGAGGUGCAGUCUCUGUUCCUGAGUGCAGCAGCUUCUGACCCCAACCAUGUGGACCCUCAGCUGCAGUGUGGCCUGGGCGUCCUCUUUAACCUGAGUGGAGAUUAUGACAAAGCUGUGGACUGCUUCACCGCCGCUCUGUCGGUCACCCCACAGGACUACUUGCUGUGGAACAAACUAGGUGCCACCCUGGCCAAUGGGAGCCGCUCUGAGGAGGCUGUCGACGCCUACAGGAGAGCCCUGGAACUGCAGCCUGGAUUUGUACGCAGCCGCUACAACCUGGGCAUCAGCUGUGUCAACCUCGGAGCGCACAGAGAGGCGGUGGAGCACUUUUUGGAGGCUUUAUCCCUCCAGCGGCAGGCUGCUGUGGAGGGGCCCGUGGGCAGGGCCGGCGCCGCGGCCACCAUGAUGUCCGACAACAUCUGGUCCACUCUGCGCAUGGCCCUGAGCAUGAUGGGAGAGAGCUCGCUGUACGCUGCGGCAGAUCGCCGCGACCUGGACACUCUACUCGCACACUUCUGCCAACGGGAGGGGGAGCCUGGACCAGAAUGAAGGAGAGAAGGGGAGGGAGGAGGAGAGGGGAGCAGGGAGGUGGAGUGUGAGUGUGGGGAGAGGUGUUUUGGAAAGGUGGAGUGCAGGAGAGGGAAAACAGGAGGAGAGGAGUGAUCAUGAUCAAGUGAAUGGAAGGCCACAUUGGCUUAGAAAACUGAAGCUUUCACUCAACUCACUGCAUUUUAGGAACAGCAAACAGAGGGCUGCUUUUGCUAAGGCCUAAGGUAAAAUAGUCAGCAUAAGACCCAUGGUAAAUCGAUGAACAGUGGCUGAAGCUGACAAUUACCUCGACCUGCUCAACCAAACCAAUCCCUCCCCGACACUACCUGAGACAGAAGGACGGGAUUACACACAGUCUCUACAGCACAGAAGAAAACUUGGGCUGAGACAAAAAAAGAAACAUGAGGAAGAGGAAAGGGAACAAGUACUAGGAACUACAUGUGGUCACAUGAGUUAGAAGUAUGUAUUCUCUGGUCAGUUUCUUCAGAUACUGCUCAUGUUGUAAAAUAAUUUGCCCAACUGUAAAUGCUAAUAACCAUAUCAUGUAUUGUACUAUAAUUAUUGUCUUAUUACUGUUUUCAGUAUAGUCCGCCCAAACUUAAUUAGCUAUGUAAUCCAAGCAAUAAAGCUUUGACAUUAAAACAGUAUGUAAAACAGAAAUGACUGACUAAUUUACCCUUAGAUGAGUAGCUUAUACAUUGUGGUUAUUUUCAAAUAAGUUCAAGACAUUUCAAUUGAUCAACAAACUCUGUAAAAUGGUGCAUAUUUGAAAUACAAGUUAUUAUCUAAAAUGUUUUGGAUGCC